AGCGUGCACCUACGGAGUAAUUUCUUAGUUAUGUGAAGCUUCGUGUUCGCACGGUACUUCUAUCGAUACACAAUUCAUUUCAAGAUCACUUGCAUAUAUACGUAUACUCCGACAUACGAUAGACGAUAGACACUCUCUCUGAAGGCCUCUUCGGUUUGGAAGAGAAGAAAAAACAACUCAAAAAUAGACACACACGCACAUAAUGGCCAACCCUUCACUUCUUGAGCGCUACUUUGCGCAGUGUCAGGCGCACCGCAUGGCACCGCUCCCCGAUUUUGUGGCGAGCUUGCGUGACGGCGUCAUGAAGGUGAACCUCGCCGACGUCUCUCUCGCUGACAUCCGUCUCUUCGCCUCAGCUGUGACGGACACCAUGCCGUCCACCGCUGCUGUUGCCAGCCCGGUCCUGCCCCGCGAGCGACGCCGCGGUGGUAAUGCGGGGUCAACGCAAGACCACGCUUCCUCCGCCUCGUCGGCAGCCGGCCAGGCGGCAAUCUUUUUCACAACGCUUCACUUUUCCUUUGACCCUUCCUCCUCGCGGCAGCGGCAGCAGCAGUCGGCGGAUGGCGGUCGUGGAGCUGGCCGAGGGGUCUCCUCUUCCUCCUCAGCGCCGGCGUCUGUCUCACUGCUGCUAGCCCCCCAGAGCGAGUCGACGCUGCGGUGGUUGAUGGAAGCCGUUGGGCAGCUGGUGCGGGAUAGUGCCCGAACUCUCAAGUCGUUUGCGUGGUGCGGACUUCCAGUCGUCGCCCCAAGCCGCGGUGCACGCAGUGCGGUUCUCGGCGCGCUGUCUUUCACGCAACUGUUGCCCUUGUGCCGUCACAUCAAGCGUCUGAACCUCGACGGCGUUGCCCUUUCCCGUGCCCAAUUUAUGCAACUUGUGAUGAUCAACUUCUCCAGCAGCUCCACCGACGUGGGCGAGGGGCCGUGGAUGGAGCUGGAGGAGGCAAGCUUCGUCAACUGCGGCGUGACGGACGCGUGCAAAGGUGGCAUUGUACGGCUGAUUCGCGUGGGGCUGCCCAUGAAAACGGCGCAGCUGUACUUCCGUUCGCUGCGCAAGAGUGUCGGCAACUCGGCGGAGAGCCCCCUCAGCGCCCCUCUUCCUCUUCCAGCCGCCACCAUCUCAGCCGGAACGAGCGCCAUGCGCGGGCUACGACAUCUUGACUUGUCGCAGAACCCGUUAGGCGACGAGACGGCGCGGGCGAUUGCCACGGCGAUUACCGGAUCUUCUCUGCACACCUUGCGUCUCGCCAGCACCGCCGUGACUGAAAGAGGUGCCGCCGUGUUGCUGCUGCCGUCCGUGUUAGAGGAGAACGCGGUGGAGAUGCUGGACCUGAGCAGCACACCAGUCAGCGACGCCUACGAGGCCUCCGCGGUGUCCUCGUCGUCGUCGCCCGCGGCUGACCUGCGCCUUCUCGCAGCGUCGUCGAUCGCGACGGGGUUUCGCGUGGUGGCGCGUGGGAUGGGGCAGCUGCUGGUGCUGCGGGAGGCGAAGCGCUUGUCGCAGCAGCCGGGGGAUGUGCGGACCCCGACCGCGACGACGGCAGCGACCACUGCUCCAUCAUCGGCGCCACGAAGAGCCACUACCACUGCGGCUGCCCACACGACGACCGACCGACAGAGUAUCGUGCGAGCGUCGUCGAGAGAGCGCGCGGAACGUGCGGAUGGGGAGGAUGGACAGCUGUCACCCGAUUCUUUUGAUGACUUUGUCCGCGUUGCAUGUGCUUCUUUUGCGCCCCCGCCUUCACGUGUGACUCCGGUCGCACAGAAACGACAACCAUCGCCACCGCAGCAGCCACAGCAACCACAACCAGCGGUUGCGGCACCACCAACAGCAGCAUCUCCCGAUGACACGCCCGCUUCCGCACCCUUUCCAUCACCUCCACCAUUACAGCCAUGCCCACCACUACAACCACCUUUCACAGCGGCGGCCGCAGCAGCACAAUCAUCUGGAGCUACAGCGCCCAACACGUACGGACCGUGGUGGCCUGCGAUGGCUUCGUGGUAUGCGAUGCAGCACCCUUACCCUGGUGUACCGGACGGGCUGCCUGGUAUGCCGAUCCCUGUGCCUGUGCCUGUGCCCGUGCCCAUUCCCGUUCUCGCACCGAUGCCGGCCCCGUACACGCCGGCAGCUCUCGGCACGAUUCCGUGGUCAGGAGCUGCGUUUGCGCAGGCAGCGGCGGCAUCAUCCACCGCCGCGGCUGUUGGUGCAGGGGAGGGGGCGCCCGAAAGAAAAGACGGCGGCGCGUCUCUCGCGAAGAGCAACAGCGCUUUCAAGCCUGCGGAGCACAAUGAGAAGCCGAAGGACAACUCGACUGCCGCAGCUGCUUUGGCCUCCUCUCUUCACGAAGUAACGGAGGCUGUAGGUGACAUCGCUGGAGUCGCUGAAGACGUGAAGGUGUCCAAAGUGGUGGAGAGGGAAGAGAGGGCGACAGAGGAGGCGGCGACUCCCCUUGCUUCUUCUCUCGCCGAUGACGCCGUGUCUACGCACUUGACUCGGCAGGCGAGCGACGCGGCCGGCGGGAGCAGCUUCCUCGCCGCGCUCAUCACCCGUCUCGAGGCGCACGAGACGGACGUGAGCGAGCGUCUCGAGCAGCAGUAUCAACGUACCACCUCUCAACUCACGGCGCUAGAGAAGGACAUGCGUUUUCGCCUGCAGCAGAUGGCCGAGGCGGAGCGGAAGGAGCGUGCGACCGCGGCGGAGAGACAGACGGCGCUGCUCGAGGCGAUCGCGGCUCUGCAUGAGGCCCCGGUGAAGCCAGCGUCGGAGACGAUGUCGGAGGAGAUGUUGUCGCAGCUGGCGCACUUGAUUGAGGUGGGCAUGAAGCGUGUGCAUGCCGCGUUGGAGAACGACGGGGCAGAGAAGACUACAGACGAGAAGCUCGAAGUCAAGGCUGCUGCCGCUCCAGUUUCUGCCCCGACUGCGGCGGAGGCAACAGAGCGCGACACGACGAAGGCGAUAAACCAGCGGCUGAAACAGUUAGGUUGGUGA